AUGGUGACAACGGAGCAAGUGGAACUAGAUCUGGAAAGAAGAAAGAGCGAAGUCAUUUAUAGAGCAUCAUUAAGUGAGGCCCCGGAAGAACGAGAAGUUAUUGUAAAUCAUCUCCGUGAUAAGUUAAUACCUUUAAACAAGCGUAACGGUUACUUGAAAUAUUGGAAGGAGGCAUUGAAAGUUCUCGAAAUAAAUGAUAGCAGAAUACAAUUCGGACUAAAAAUUUGUGAUGGCACAGAAUACCGCACUAUGACAUGGUUAAGCAAUGCAAACUCUAAUACACCAAAUGGUUUACUUAAGAAAUGGCAAAGUCCGACCUUUAGUUAUACAAAUAAAAUUAGUAAACCUCCCACCUCAUGCUUGAAAAUUCGUCAUAUGUUUGAUUCGACAGAAUCAGAAAUCCAUAAUUUAAAACAAAUAAUAGAGUCUGCUAUAAUAGAGAAAGUUGGAACCAGGUGUUGUAUUCAAGAAAUUCAAAUUGAUAAAAAAAGUUGCUGUGUUUAUGUCCGUUGUUGCAGUGAAUUUGAUGCAGGAGUGGUUCAUAACGAAAUAAAUGGCUGGUGGUUCGACAAGCGUUUAAUUUCGAUUAAGUUCUUACGUCUCCAAAGAUACCUUACACGUUUUCCAGACAGCAAAACCUCCGUGUUUGCGCUAUCACAAUAAAACAAGUUUAAAA